AGAAAACAAUUUGAGCGAUUGAAUGUUUACUUGCAAUAAAAUUAGAAGUAAUGAGUAUAUAAUCUUAACUAGAAACAUUAACAAUUAUUGCUGUAUAAUGGAAGGUCGGAAAAGACAAAGGUGUGUCUAUGUCACGGCUCGCCAGAAAAAGAAACUGAUCGAGCUGAUGUCAAAUCAUCCAGAGUUGAUAUCUUGUAAAGUAACUCAGGACUUUAACUACAAAGAUUCACAGAAACUUUGGCAAAAUAUAGCUAACGAGUGCAAUUCCAUGCCUGGAGCGAGGAAAACCUGGAGGCAGUGGAGAAAAACUUGGCAUGAUAUUCGCUCAAAAAUAAAGAAAAAGCAAGCAGAACCCAAUGGGGAGUUGCCGAUAUCGACAAUAAUGCUGUCUGCUGCAGAACAAGAUGCCUUAGGUAUCAAAGUAUCUUCUCUAACUGAAGAAUAUCAAGAUACAACAGAAUUCGUGCCUUUAAGUGAUAAUCAAAAUGACAAUUUUAAGGAUGAACUAUCUGAGGCAUCCAUGAGUGAACCUGAAUCUCUCCCAGAAACUAAAGUUUUUAAUGAUACUGAAAUAAAAUCUACAAAACUAAGGCUAAGAGGGACUAAGCAAAGUUCUAAACAUACUAACAAUUGUUUCUUAAACUGUGAUUUGAUAACUGCUCAGGAACAAAAAAAAAUACAAAUGAAGGAAGAUUACUUGAACUUUAAAAAAGAUUAUUUAAAGCAAAAAUUAAAACUUCUAAAAGAACAAACGGAAGCGCUUAAAAGUAUAGCUAAAGAAUUGUCUAAGUAACGUAACUACUAAGUUAAUUUAGAAAAAUUUGCUUGUGAUCUUGAUUAUAGACCUCAGUAUGAAGUAUAAGUAAUUUAUCAUUUAAAAAGUAGUAAAUUUAAAUUUAAAUUAUUUAAAACAAUUUCGGACUAUUUAAGAAUUCUCAAAAUAAGAUCUAGAAUUUUUUAUCUUCUAUAACUUUCUAAAUUUUCAUAGACAUCAAUAUUGUUAUUAAGAUAUGAAAUAGGAUAUUAAAAGUGUUUAUCAAAAGUGUUACUGAGACUAUGUUACUUGUUAAACAAUGGAAAACCAGAAUAACUUGUCAAUAUUAGUAAAUAUCCUGUUUUACAUCUUUAAUUACAAUACUAUAAUUAUUCAUUAUAAUCAUUAAUGACAAUAAUACGUACAUCCCAUAAUUGAUAGAGUAGGUCAUAGAUAUUAAAAGAUAUGGCAGCAAUAAUACUAAUAUUAUUAUUAGAAAAUAUAAGAGCAAUUUAUAAUUGUAUUCACAAUAGACUGAUUCUGAUUAAGCAACCCAUGUUAAAUAAUUUAUUAAUUCAUAGGUUUUGAUGGCAAAUAAAUUUUACCAUAAUUUUUAAGCACAGUGUGGCAUUAGAAUUUGUAAAAUAUAUAUUUUAUUAAAAGCA